GCUACUGCAGUAUUUACACUUGAGACUUCACGAAGUUCGCAACUCGACUCGUCUAACCGAGUUUUACUAUUACACAUUCUUACAUCCUAUACCGAUAUAUAGGGCGUGAAUAUAUAUCCACUACACAAGUUUGCUAAACAGCACAUAUAGAGAAUCAAAAUGAGUAAGGCACCAGCUAUUGGAAUCGAUCUUGGAACCACCUACUCGUGCGUUGGAGUUUUCCAGCACGGAAAAGUCGAAAUAAUCGCCAAUGACCAAGGCAACCGCACAACGCCUAGUUAUGUGGCCUUCACAGACACCGAGCGUCUCGUCGGCGACGCCGCCAAGAAUCAAGUCGCCAUGAACCCAAGCAAUACAAUUUUUGAUGCUAAACGCUUGAUUGGUCGCCGUUUCGACGAUGCCACGGUACAGAGCGACAUGAAGCAUUGGCCCUUCAACGUCGUGAGCGAUGGUGGAAAGCCCAAGAUUCAAGUGUCCUACAAAGGCGAGAACAAGACCUUCUUCCCAGAAGAGGUCUCGUCCAUGGUUCUCAUCAAAAUGAAGGAGAUCGCAGAGGCCUACCUAGGCAAGAAGAUAACCGACGCCGUUAUCACCGUUCCGGCUUACUUCAACGACUCGCAGCGUCAGGCCACCAAAGACGCCGGAGCGAUAUCCGGCCUGAACGUGCUGCGCAUCAUCAACGAGCCCACCGCCGCUGCCAUAGCCUACGGCUUGGACAAGAAGACCGCAGGAGAGAAAAAUGUUCUGAUCUUUGACUUGGGCGGUGGCACCUUCGACGUGUCCAUCCUCACCAUCGAAGACGGUAUAUUCGAGGUGAAAUCGACCGCCGGCGAUACUCACUUGGGUGGCGAGGACUUCGACAAUCGAAUGGUCAAUCACUUCAUCCAAGAAUUCCAGCGCAAGUACAAGAAGGACUUGGCCUCGAACAAGCGCGCGGUGCGUCGUCUGAGAACCGCCUGCGAACGCGCGAAGCGCACCCUCAGUUCGUCCACCCAAGCCAGCAUCGAGAUUGACUCGCUGUUCGAGGGCAUCGACUUUUACACCUCGAUCACUCGGGCUCGCUUCGAGGAACUCUGCUCGGACUUGUUCCGAGGAACCCUCGAGCCAGUGGAGAAAGCUCUGCGCGAUGCCAAGAUGGACAAAGCUCAAGUGCACAGUAUCGUGCUUGUGGGCGGCUCCACUCGUAUUCCCAAGAUCCAGAAGCUGCUGCAGGACUUCUUCAAUGGCAAAGAGCUCAACAAGUCCAUCAAUCCCGAUGAGGCGGUCGCUUAUGGCGCAGCUGUUCAAGCAGCCAUCCUUCACGGCGAUAAAUCCGAGGAAGUUCAAGACUUGUUGCUGCUCGAUGUAACACCCCUGUCGUUGGGUAUCGAGACUGCUGGUGGAGUCAUGACGGCUCUCAUCAAACGCAACACCACUAUCCCGACCAAGCAAACCCAAACCUUCACUACUUACGCCGACAACCAGCCCGGUGUGCUGAUUCAAGUUUACGAGGGCGAGCGCGCCAUGACCAAGGAUAACAAUCUUUUGGGCAAAUUCGAGCUGUCGGGAAUUCCACCAGCGCCAAGGGGAGUUCCUCAAAUCGAGGUGACCUUCGAUAUCGAUGCCAACGGUAUCCUCAACGUGUCGGCUGUCGAUAAAUCCACUGGCAAGGAAAACAAGAUCACCAUUACCAACGACAAGGGCAGAUUGUCCAAGGAGGACAUCGAGCGCAUGGUCAACGAGGCUGAAAAGUACAGAGCCGAGGACGAGCAGCAGCGCGACAAGAUUAGCGCCAAGAACUCCCUCGAAUCUUACUGCUUCAACAUGAAGAGCACCGUUGAAGAUGAAAAGCUCAAGGACAAGAUCAGCGAGUCUGAUCGCAAUACCAUACUGACCAAGUGCAACGAAGUCAUUUCGUGGCUCGACGCUAAUCAGCUGGCUGAGAAAGACGAGUUCCACGACAAGCAAAAGGAGCUGGAGGCCAUCUGUAAUCCGAUCGUGCAGAAACUUUAUGGAGCAGGAGGAGCUCCUGGCGCGGCACCUGGUGCAGGAACGGGCUCUGCCCCGGCUGGCGGACCGACCAUCGAAGAGGUCGACUAAACUAGUCUUAAACUAGUCGAAGCUUUUUUUUUAUACUUUGACCGUGUUAAAAACGCAACAUUAUGUAUUUGUGCUAUUUCAGACUAAUUUAUUUCAUGUGAUAUAUAAUACUUAUUUGAUUGAAUAGUGCUUUCUUCAAAAUUCCAAUUGGAUUUAUCAAAAUUUUGAGUCCAAAAACAAUAAAUAUAUUUUAAUUAUAUAAUUCA